UAUCACCAUCUCGGAAUUCAUUGCGCGGCGGAACUAACGUUAAACCCUUUUGAUUGGGGACGGAAAACGUUGAAACACUUCACCGACGGGCGCUUUGGGAAUCUUGCAUGAAUGGGAAAAACGGUGAAUGUCGUAGUUUUGGGAAUGAGAGCCGGAUGUGUAGCUUUCGUGUUUUAGUCGGUGUCUGUCGGAUUAACGCAGAGUCGUCUUGUUCUCCGCUGCGGGAAGUUUGAAGCGCGUGAAGCGGAAGCGCAGUAGCCAUUAGCCCGAUACCUGUCAAGUCAGUUAGAGGAGAAAAACCCAGAGAAAAGAUGUUAAAAACUCUUUUUCUGCUGCCCGUUGAGACGCAGAUAUUUUAUUCAGUCCUGGUAUUCUCAUGGACGGUUUAUCUCUGGGAGGCAUACCUGUCCUGCAGACAGAGGAAAAUAUACCGGACAACCAUUCAUGUCCCAGAGGAGCUUGGAAAGAUCAUGGAUCCUGACACCUUUGAGAAGUCGCGUCUGUAUCAGCUGGAUAAAAGCAACUUCAGCUUUUGGUCGGGGCUGUAUUCAGAGAUCGAAGGAACACUGAUCCUGCUGCUGGGCGGAAUCCCGUUUCUGUGGCACUUCGCCGGUUCUGUGACGGCUCGGUUCGGGUUCGGCCCGGAUUACGAGAUCAUCCAGUCGUUGGUGUUCCUGACUCUGGCCACGCUGUUCGGCGCCGUAACCGGACUUCCCUGGAGUUUGUACAGCACCUUUGUGAUUGAGGAGAAACACGGCUUCAACCAGCAGACGUUGGGCUUUUUCCUGAAGGACGCGGUGAAGAAGUUUGCAGUGACCCAGUGCAUCCUGCUGCCGGUGAGCUCGCUGCUCCUGUACAUCAUAAAGAUCGGAGGAGAUUAUUUCUUCAUCUACGCUUGGCUCUUCACGCUGCUCGUCUCUCUGGUUCUUGUGACCAUUUAUGCGGACUACAUCGCUCCGCUGUUCGAUAAAUUCACCCCGCUGCCAGAGGGCGAGCUGAAGACAGCGAUAGAGGACAUGGCCAAGAGCAUCAGCUUCCCUCUCACUAAACUCUACGUGGUUGAAGGUUCGAAGCGUUCUUCGCACAGCAACGCGUAUUUCUACGGCUUCUUCAAGAACAAGCGCAUCGUGCUGUUUGACACGCUGCUGGAGGAUUAUUCCCCUCUGAACAGCGCCGGAGAGCCGCAGUCAGACACGCAGUCAGAGACGGAGUCGGACCCGGAAGAAACGUCCAGCGAGACGAAGCAAAAAUCCAAGAAGAAGCAAGGCUGCAACAACGCGGAGAUCCUGGCGGUUCUGGGUCACGAGCUGGGCCACUGGAAGCUCGGUCACACCGUCAAGAACAUCGUCAUCAGCCAGAUGAAUUCCUUCCUCUGCUUCUCCCUGUUUGCGGUUCUGAUCGGGCGGACGGAGCUGUUUGUGGCUUUUGGAUUCACUCAAAGUCAGCCUACAUUAAUUGGCUUGAUGAUUAUCUUCCAGUUCAUCUUCUCUCCUUACAACGAGCUGCUGUCUUUCUGUCUGACGGUUCUGAGCCGCCGGUUUGAGUUCCAGGCGGACGCCUUCGCUCGCGGCAUGGGCAAAGCCUCAGAGCUGUACUCUGCCCUCAUCAAGCUCAACAUGGACAACCUGGGCUUCCCUGUGGCAGACUGGCUCUUCUCCAUGUGGCACUACUCCCACCCGCCCCUGCUGGAGCGCCUCAGGGCGCUGGGGAACGUCAAGCAGGACUGACGCGGCCGGACGGGGGAGCGGCGGGCGCCGCCUCCUCCUGCAGGCCUCCGCAGACCCCUCCUUGCCCUGUGACGCUGCCUGGUCUUUUUUUCUUCCCACCUGUCCUCCAAACAUUGAGUUUUACCUUAUUUUAGCACUUCACUGUCCAAACAUUCAGCGAAACCAAAACAUAUCAGCGAAAAGCGUUUUCUCAGUGCGGCUUGCUGUGAGGAAUCAUCUGGACAAUGUUUGUUUAGAAAAAGAUAGCCAGACUACAGUUUACAGAUUGAUUUGGCAGUUUGUUUUGUUUUCAACUUAUUUAUUAAUUUCAUUCUGUACAUAUUUUAAAAGGAAAAAAUACAUUUUAGGAUUAUUUUCCAGUAUUAGGAUGUCAAACUAGUGAGGAAUUUCUUAGAAUAGUUUAUAAAUUAGCUAUUCCAGUUGUUUAUUAAGUAGAAGAACAUCUGUAAUUAUGGCGACGCUUUUUACAGAUAAACAGGCCAGAUUCUGAUUCGUCCUGCAGCUGUUAGCCCUUGAACUGUCAAUAUCAAAACUAUUUCAUUUGUUGCUUUUAAUGAACAAUUUGAUUCAUUUUCAUUUUCUUUAGAGGAGUAAUCAUCACAAACGUGAGUGCCUCUGAAUGUCUUUCUGUUCUGAUAGUGAUGUGAAAGUUUUAGUUUCAUUUUUUUUCUACAUGAACUGAUUAAUUGUUUUUGUUUUUAUUCUUAUUUGCCUGCAGUCGAGGGUCCAACCAGCCCUGUACAUAAUGUCGUUGGUAGUGAAUGUGGUUGGAAAUUUUACGUUUAGUUUCUUCCCGUGUUACCUGGCAAGCAAAAUGUAAAAUAUUUUUGGGGACGUUGGGAGGCGAAAACUUUCCUUCAGCACACAAGGCAGAGUUUGGUUUGCUCAAAAAGGGGAUUGAAGCUUUCUUUGCUGUGUUGAAUAAAAUUCUGCAACGCA